UCCCGAAGUCCCACGGACACCCAAAACACUCUCCUUUGUGAGUUGCAUAAAAGCAAUCACUCAGGCUCCUCCUCAAGGAACUGUCCUCUUCACUGAUUUUUUCUUCAUCAGCAUAAACUUUUUCAGAACCACCAUAAAAAGUGCAUUUUAGACACCGCCUUCCUAGGACAAAUUGCCCCAGAUGGUAAAAUUGUCCCUGUUGCAGGGUUGACUGUCAAGUUCAUGGCCGCUAAAAAAACCGGCGUUAAAACCAUAAUCGCCGGAACUAACAAUAGAGAAUCAAUCGAAAGAGUCGAUCCCGAAUUGAGGGAAAACAUUAAAAUACUCUAUGUUAAGGAUUUUCUGGAUUCUGUCAAAUAUCUUUUCCAUAAAAAUUAAAUUUGUUUCUAUUGUUUCAU